GUGGGAGGGAGGGAGCAGGGUCGGUGGGCGCCAGCGGCGCACAGCGGGACCCACGGAGCCCCGCGACCCGCCGAGCCUGGAGCCGGGCCGGGGCGGGGAAGCCGGCUCCAGCCCGGAGCAAACUUCGCAGCCGGGCUGGGGGUGGCGGGGAACCCGUCCGGAGCCGGAGGAGGGGCCCGCCGCGGGCCCUCCCGCCGCUGCUCCCGCGCCUCCGGGCACCAUGCUGUCCAACUCCGGUGCUGUUCCCCAGCCCGCCGCCACCGCCGCCACCGCACCAUGCUGUCCAACGCCGGCGAUGUUCCCCAACCCGCCACCGCCGCCGCAACCCCCCGCCCCGGCCCAACCUCACCCCCCGGCCCAGCCGCCGCCGCAGCCCCCGCAGCAGUUCCCGCAGUUCCACGUCAAGUCGAGCCUGCAGAUCAAGAAGAACGCCAUCAUCGACGACUACAAGGUCACCACCCAGGUCCUGGGACUGGGCAUCAACGGGAAAGUUUUGCAGAUCUUCAACAAGAGGACCCAGGAGAAAUUCGCUCUAAAAAUGCUUCAGGACUGCCCCAAGGCCCGCCGGGAGGUGGAGCUGCACUGGCGGGCCUCCCAGUGCCCACACAUCGUGCGGAUCGUGGACGUCUAUGAGAACCUGUACGCGGGGAGGAAGUGCCUGCUGAUCGUCAUGGAGUGUUUGGAUGGUGGAGAACUCUUCAGCCGAAUCCAGGACCGAGGAGACCAGGCAUUCACAGAAAGAGAGGCAUCAGAGAUCAUGAAGAGCAUCGGCGAGGCGAUCCAGUACUUACACUCGAUCAACAUCGCACAUCGGGAUGUCAAGCCUGAGAAUCUCUUAUACACCUCCAAAAGGCCCAACGCCAUUCUCAAACUCACUGAUUUUGGCUUUGCCAAGGAAACCACCAGCCACAACUCUCUGACCACUCCUUGUUACACGCCAUACUAUGUGGCUCCAGAAGUGCUGGGCCCAGAGAAGUAUGACAAGUCCUGUGACAUGUGGUCCCUGGGUGUCAUCAUGUACAUCCUGCUGUGUGGGUAUCCCCCCUUCUAUUCCAACCAUGGCCUUGCCAUCUCUCCGGGCAUGAAGAGUCGCAUCCGAAUGGGCCAGUAUGAAUUCCCCAACCCAGAAUGGUCAGAAGUAUCAGAGGAAGUGAAGAUGCUCAUCCGGAACCUGCUGAAGACAGAGCCCACCCAGAGGAUGACCAUCACCGAGUUCAUGAACCACCCCUGGAUCAUGCAAUCAACGAAGGUCCCUCAAACCCCACUGCACACCAGCCGCGUCCUGAAGGAGGACAAGGAGAGGUGGGAGGACGUCAAGGAGGAGAUGACCAGUGCCUUGGCCACGAUGCGGGUCGACUAUGAGCAGAUCAAGAUAAAAAAGAUUGAAGAUGCAUCCAACCCCCUGCUUCUGAAGAGGCGGAAGAAAGCUCGGGCCCUGGAGGCCGCGGCCCUCGCUCACUGAGCCGCUGAGCCCGUCCUGCUCCACUGGAGGACAAGCAAUAACUCUUGACCUGAAUAUAUUUUUUAAGUGAAGAGACACAGAACUGUCCACUCCCGCCUCCCCUCCUCCUCAGCCUCAUGGAGCCCGGACCUCGUCAUAGGCUGAAUUCUGCCUUUGGUUCUGGCCACCCCUGAGAGGGAGAGCCUGGAAGGCUGGGAGGGCGUGGAGAGAAGGAGCAAGAUGCUCUUGAACCUGUGCUCAUUUUGCAGUUUUAUCAAUAAUUUGACUUAGAAUUUUUAUGAAACUUC